CCCCCCCCCCCCCCCCCCUUUGUACAUAACUCACUGAGUCUCCCUCUAGAGAGAGAGAGAGAGAGACGAUAACAAAACACAAGUCAAAACCAAGAGACUCGUCAUGAACUUGAAAUGGGAGAAAGAAAGAAGAAAAAGAAGUUGGAUGUCUCAGUCCUUUUGCACGUCAGCAGAUAGCCUGCAUGUUUGGGCCCACGUGACUCUGGUGUGUCUCCGCCACUGGCCCUGUCUGCGCUGCUGGAACUCUCUUCAGCUGUCUGGCCAGCCUGUACAUACAGUAUUAUUGUUAUUGUUAUUGUUAUUAUUAUUAUUAUUACUAUUGUUGUUAACUCUUAUUUUGGGCGAGGGGCGGGGUGAGGUAAAUGUAGAGCCUAUUGCUAAUAGGGGCCCAGUAAGAUGACCAAAACAAGCAUCCAUGUCAGCCUGGACCACUUCUGGACAGGACCCAUCUGAGCUCCCAUCGUGCCCUUCUGCAAAGCGCCCCUUCUGUCAUGUAGUGCUGUGAACAGCAUGUGGCUUGGCGAGGGUACCCAGUGUGUUUGUGCCUUUGGUAGAAUCUGGCAAUAGAGUAUUCUGUUCUUUUUCCCCACGCGGUUCAGUUUGUCCGUUUGAUUCUUCCUCUUUGGGCUGUGAUGUGAAGGUAAAAAAUGGAAUGUGGCAGUCAAGUAUUUCAGUUUGUUCCAUAGGACCAUUAUUUUUUUUUUCAUUUGAAAUCCAACCUGUUCGUACUGAAGUGAGGGAAGGCCAACAGUCAUUUGGCAAUGGUGGUUUUUUGAGGUUUGGGUUUGCCAUCGUUUGCUGAUUUGUUGGUUGCAGAAAUGGUUUUCCUAACAAUCUGUUCACUACGCAUGUAGAUCUUUACUUUUUUGUGUUUUUGUGUGAGAUUUGUUUCCUUAUUCAUAUGUGUAUUUAAAAUGUAACUUCCUUUUUUUUCUUUGUUUAUCAUGGCGACUGUACAGAUUUGGGGAGGGGGGGUUGAAAUCCACCUGUGAUAGAUUUGCAACAAUAUACAUUUGUUUGCUCUAGAAAUAAACAAUGAUGAAAGUUUAUGUGAUGUUUUUUUGUGAUAUUCUCAACUAUGUCAGACUCUUUAUUUAUACUGAAAAUUUUGAUUGCUUUGCACUCUAACUCAUCGUCGACGUUCAGGUGAAAAGGUAAAGGUCAGGUAUUUCUCGGACGCUUUUGUCCAAAGCGACUUGAGAAAACCACUCUGCUUUCGUCAGGAGUGUCAAGUCAUUGAGUUAUGCUGUGAGUGUUAAUAUUAACCGGCUGAAACUCCAGUUCGCCCUGACACAACAGAUGUGGCGGGCGCUGGGGCAGGAAAGGAGGUGACACGCGGAGUAGGUCGCGCUCGCCCCACCUCUCCAUAACGCACACAUACCGUAAGUUGCAUAACGACCAAGAAAUAUCAACACACCUUCGUUUAUACACGUAGGCUAGUUGAGCCUACUAGAUUUUAGUUGGUGCAAUUGUCGUGUUUGGAAAUUGGAACAUUUUCCUAAUUUGAAAAUAAUGACGCUCUCUCGAAACACCCGUACGCUAGUUGUCAUCAAUAUUAAGCUUAUUGCUUCAAGAGUGCUUGAUCCAAAAUUAUUUAUGUGCCCACAACAAGAAAUUCAGACUUGACCUCUUUGGUUCAUAUUAAUGGCUUGAAAUACAGGCAUACAUGUUAAUCCAGGUGGGCCGACAGUGGGUAGCCUGUAAGACUGUCGUGUACUUCUCAAAGGUCAGCUAAGGUAUGCUAAUCAAGUGGCGCGUCAUGCCGCAGAUAAAAGCGCACUGAGGAGCAAUCUCCCUCAGUCUUACUGUAGCUUCACCUGGAGCCGUAUCAAGGCGCAAAUACCUCCCUUCACUCUCCUGCCCUGGAUACCUGCGCCGAACUGGAGAACAUGCUGUUUUGGCAUUCUCAACCUGAGACUUACAACCACAGUUCACAUGCGAAUUAUAUUAGAGAUGCUCUGGCGCCGUUCCUGAAAAACGAAGAGGAGCGGCAGACGUCAGAGAAUAAUGCCAUUAACAUGUCACCUUUUCAGUAUAUUCUCUGUGCGGCAACUUCUCCGGCGGUAAAGCACCAAGACGAAACUCUCACCUAUCUCAACCAAGGUCAGUCCUACGAAAUCCGUAUGCUUAACAGAAAACUAGUGGAGUAUACAGAUUUAAGCAGCAAAUGUGUAAAGAGCGUGGUGCGCGUGGUGUUUCACGACCGGCGUUUGCAGUACACCGAACACCAACACCUGGAAGGGUGGCGGUGGAACCGGCCCGGAGACAGGAUCUUAGACAUUGAUGUCCCUCUCUCGGUGGGCAUAGUGGAGCCUCGUGCACACCCUCUGCAGCUCAACACCAUUGAGUUCGUCUGGGAUCCUGUCAAGAGCGCCUCCGUGUUCAUUCAGGUCAACUGCAUCAGCACCGAGUUCACUGCCAGGAAGCAUGGUGGGGAGAAGGGCGUGCCCUUCCGGAUCCAGAUCGACACGUUCAGCUCAAACGGGCACGGGGAGUACCUGGAGCAUGUACACUCCUCCAGCUGCCAGGUCAAGGUUUUCAAGCCUAAAGGAGCGGAUCGCAAAUUGAAGACAGACCGUGAUAAGAUUGAGAAGAAGACCCUUCAGGACAAAGAGAAAUAUCAGCCCUCCUAUGAAACCACCAUGCUUACAGAUUGUUCCCCCUGGCCUGAGACUCCCAGUCUGAACAGCACAAGCAGCACUCCCUCUCCUGUCUACCAGAGCUCCCCCACCUCCUUCAGCUUCCCAGAAGGAAACUGUUCUCCAGGCCAGCAGGGGGAGGUGUUCCUGCCCGGCUGCUCUGACCACCUGCUGCCCUCGACCUCGCCCCAGGACACGCAGCAGUGGCUGCACAGCAACAGGUUCUCGCCCUUCUGCCGGCUGUUCGUCAGUUUCUCAGGUGCAGAUCUGCUGAAGUUGAGCAGAGAUGAUUUCAUUCAGAUCUGUGGACCAGCUGAUGGGAUUCGACUGUUUAAUGCCAUUAAAGGAAGGUGCAUCCAGCCGCGCCUCACAAUCUACGUGUCACAGCAGCAGGCCCUCAAUCAGCAGACACCCAAACCAGGAGGAGGGGGCGAAGGUGGGGCGGCACCUGUCCAGCUGUCUCCUCUCUUAGUGUACCACGCUCUCUUCCUGGAGGAGCUGACCGUGGUCGAGCUGAAGGACAAGAUGGCCGUCCUGUUCAGUGUGCCCUUCAGGCAGCUGCGCCACGUGUACAAACAAGGCCCCACAGGCAUCCACGUGCUGGUCACUGAUGAGAUGGUGCAAAAUUUCUCUCAGGAGGCUAGCUUUGUCAUCAGCACCUUUAAAGGUAACUGUAAACAGACCCUUGGCAUCUUUCUCUUUUUAAUUCAGAUGGAAUCACAAUUCCAGCUACACAUCCACAGCUUUUCCCUCACUUUCUCUCGAUCUCUCUCUCUCAGUCAAACACACACACACACUCACACACGCACGCACACAUACACGCACACACCCACACUCUCUCAGUCAAACAUGCACACACACACACACACACACGCACACAGAACUAUGCACACCGUCAUCCACCUUUUUCAUUUACAGACCCUCUCCAAAGGGAUUCACACAUACUCUCACAUCCUUUCCUGUCUGUGUCCAGCCUGUCUCUCCCCUAUAGGCCUACUCCACAGCAUACUCUUAUCUCUUCUUCGUUGGUUUGUCCUUAUUGACUUUUAUCUAUUCCUUCACGAUGACAGAUGAAGGUAAUGAUGGCUACCAUGUUGUUCUGAAGUGACCAGAUCGAGCAGCUACUGUAGAGGAGGGAUGUCAGGUUAUUAUGGGAUGUCAGGUUCUGCCAAAAAGUGUCUUAUAAUCUGGGGAGGGCCACUGCACUCAGAUGUAUUUAUAGAACUGUUAGUUUACAGAAGGAUGUUUUUUUUUUUUGUAAAGUUAUAUAAAAGAAAGUUUUUUUUUCUUUCAUUUUUUGUAUUAAGUUAUUGAUUGAUUUGUUUCUCUUGAUGGAAUAUGUAAUUUGCUUAUUAUAAUGAGCACAUGUAAAGGUGUUACGCAAGAAAAUGUCAGUCGGUCUUAAAUUAAAUAUUACUAUGUAUUGCUUUUUUAAGUUUUAUGCAUUGCAUCAUAGUGCUUUCAGCUUCAAAAAAAUUGUUAAAAUGCACAAAAACAUUUGCAUAAAUCUAUAAGGGUGAGUGAAAAAGUGACCGCAGUAAUGGCUGGCUGCAGCAAUACUAGUGCAUAGCAACUUGAAAACUUGAUCAAGUGCUGAGGUAAAUUGUGUAAAUAAUACAAUAUAGGUAGACUACUAGAUAUUUUGGCACAAUUAAAUACAAUUUGAAAAAAUAUGCAUACGCAUAUACAUUGCGGAAACUUUUUGAGUUGCCCUUCUGUGGAAAUUUUGUAUGGAAACUGGAUCUGUUCUGCUUAACAUCUUUAACAUUAAAUGCCAGAAGUAGUCACAGGGCUUGGAAUCAUUUGUAGUGUAAUGCUAUAUCAAGGCUCUAUCAUUAGUACAGUCUGACAAUUUAGGUAUGUGUUUAAUGAGUUUGACCGGUCCAAGGCUGGACAUUAUGAAGAUGUCUUAGUUAACCAUUAAGUUAACCAUUUCAUUUAGUAUUAUAUUCCUCUUUCUGUCUUGUCAUGCAAGUGAUAGCUCUAGCUCUCUGAUGAUAAUUAUCUGUAUUUUCUUACAUUCUUUAUGAUAACUUUAUGCCGUGUGUACAACUGCUUUGUGAAUGGGAAAGAGUCAAGCGCCUACGCCAAAGCAGUGUGAAUCUGUGUUUUCUAGUAACAGUCCUUAGAUAAUAGUUAUAAAAUUUGUUUUUAAGGGGGGCAACUCCUCGAGAACCAGCUAAGCAAUAGCCUGAUUCGUUUUUUAGCUUUCUAGUCAGAAAUAAAGGUUUUAUAUUUAACAAUAGUAGGGUCAGACACAAAUGUUCUAUUACCCCUUUAAACUGUAUGUGUGUGAGCUUCAAUGUUUUCUUUUGAAUUUCCAUUUGUUGAUUUCAUUCACCCAAUAGCAACAGUAACUAUGCAGCUUCAUAAAUACGACGUCGUGUUAAAGUGUAUUCGUGUUAAACCAUGGCUUACAGCUGAUAUACUCAAAAUGAAAAUGCCAAAUGUAUACAUUCUAAAGCUAAUGAACAAAUGUGUCUGUAUGACUAUGUGUAUAUGUCAUGUGUGUGUGUUUGUGUGUGUGAGUGAGAGAGAGAAAGAUUGUGUAUUUGGCGUAUUUAAAUGUGCCUUUGACUGUAUGUCCAUGUACACUGUAUAUAUAUACACUAAUCUCCGGCAUUGAAUGAUUCGUGUUUAGGGAAAUUAUGAAAACCUUUACAUUGCACAAUCCUGUGAUGAAGCUGCAUACUGUUGCAUUGAGGAGUGUUAAAAGCAACGUGUCUUGUGCUUUACAUAACAAAUGACAUAAAUCGCAUAGAUAUUGUACUGCCAUGAGUUAUAUUUAAGAUGUUUUGAGCGGAGGGAUGAAGGUUUCCCAUUCUCCCAAAAUAAAGGAUUUUGCACUGUC